AUGGAUGUAGAACAUAAUGCAGUAGCAUGUGUUAAAUCAUCGCACAGAGCAUUGUGGUAUGCAAGUUGGGUGCGCCAGCUUGAAAUUAUGUGCUGUUUUGGCUGCAUGUCAGUUCUUGCCAACUACUUCGUGUUCAUGACUUUUUUCCCAGCCUGUGUUUCCUUAGUAUUAGAGCUUUCUCGGGAAAGCCGUGAGGGUCGUCCAAUAUGGCAGCUCAGUCAUUUUGCUCGUGUUUUAGAGGAAGAAGAAAAUAAACCAAAUCCUGUAACUCAGAGGGUCAAGAUGAUUAUGUCUCUAGGUUUGGUUCUUGUUCAUGCUCAUAGUCGUUGGAUAGCUGAUCCUUCCCCUCAAAACAAUACAGCAGAAAAUUCCAAGCUUUCCUUAGGAUUGGAUGAAAAUGUAUCCAAGAGAAUUGAACCAAAUGUUUCUCUCUGGCAAUUUUAUCUUUCCAAAAUGGUCAGUAUGGAUAUUGAACAAGUUAUUACUCUAAGUUUAGCUCUACUUCUGGCUGUCAAGUAUAUCUUCUUUGAACAAGCAGAGACAGAAUCUACAUUGUCAUUGAAAAAUCCUAUCACAUCUCCUAUCUUGACCCCAAAGAAAGUCCAAGACAAUUGUUGUAGACGUGAACCUACCCUAGUCAAAAAUAACCAGAAAAUCCCUACAGUAGAGGAAGAGACAGAAAUAAACCAAGAAAGAAAAGCUGAAGUUAUAAAACCCUUAGUGACAGAAGCUGACACCUCGAACAGAGCUACAUUUGUGGUUGGCAUCUCUCCCUCACUUGAUAAUUUACCAGUACUGGAGACACAGCAGCCUGAAAUUAAAUUUCCCAGGGAGCCUCGGCCUAAUGAAGAAUGUCUACAGAUACUUGGGAAUGCAGAGAAAGGUGCAAAAUUCCUCAGUGAUGCUGAGGUCAUCAGAUUAGUCAAUGCUAAGCAUAUUCCAGCUUACAAAUUGGAAUCGCUUAUGGAAACGCAUGAACGAGGCGUAUCUAUUCGACGACAGAUACUUUCCAGAAAGCUUCCAGAGCCUUCUUCUCUCCAGUAUCUACCUUACAGGGACUAUAAUUAUUCACUUGUGAUGGGAGCCUGUUGUGAGAAUGUUAUUGGGUAUAUGCCCAUUCCUGUUGGAGUGGCAGGACCUCUGUUCUUGGAUGGAAAAGAAUUUCAGGUUCCAAUGGCAACAACAGAGGGUUGUCUUGUGGCCAGUACGAACAGAGGCUGCAGAGCAAUAGGCCUUGGUGGAGGUGCCAGCAGCCGUGUUCUUGCUGACGGGAUGACUCGUGGUCCAGUGGUGCAGCUUCCCCGUGCUUGUGAUUCUGCAGAAGUCAAAGCCUGGCUUGACACCACUGAAGGCUUUGCAGUGCUGAAGGAGGCAUUUGACAGCACCAGCAGAUUUGCACGGCUGCAAAAAAUUCACACGAGUCUGGCUGGACGCAAUCUUUAUAUCCGUUUCCAGUCCAGAACAGGUGAUGCCAUGGGGAUGAACAUGAUUUCGAAGGGUACAGAGAAAGCACUUUCAAAACUUCAGGAGCUUUUCCCUGAAAUGCAGAUCCUCGCAGUUAGUGGUAACUACUGUACGGACAAGAAGCCUGCUGCUAUCAAUUGGAUAGAAGGAAGAGGAAAGUCUGUUGUUUGUGAAGCUAUCAUUCCGGCCAAGGUUGUCAGAGAAGUACUAAAGACUACAACCGAAGCUAUGGUUGAAGUAAACAUUAAUAAGAAUCUAGUGGGCUCUGCCAUGGCUGGGAGCAUUGGGGGCUACAACGCCCAUGCAGCCAAUAUUGUGACUGCCAUCUACAUUGCAUGUGGACAGGAUGCAGCCCAGAAUGUUGGUAGCUCAAAUUGUAUUACUUUAAUGGAAGCAAGUGGUCCCACAAAUGAAGAUUUAUAUAUCAGCUGUACCAUGCCAUCUAUAGAAAUUGGAACAGUGGGAGGUGGGACCAACCUUCUACCUCAGCAAGCCUGUUUGCAGAUGUUAGGUGUUCAAGGAGCGUGCAGAGACAAUCCUGGGGAAAAUGCCCGGCAGCUUGCCCGGAUCGUGUGUGGGACAGUGAUGGCUGGGGAAUUGUCACUGAUGGCAGCACUGGCCGCAGGACAUCUCGUCAAAAGCCACAUGAUCCACAACAGGUCAAAGAUAAAUUUCCAAGACCUCCAGGGAACUUGCUCAAAGAAAACUGCUUGA